AAAAGUCAAAAAAGACUAACCAUAAAUCAGCGUCGAUUUAGAGAUUAGUUUCUAUCCCAGAAAUCAUUAUUUAAACUUUCUUCUACGUGAGCUCCUCCUCCGUACCCUUUCAUAAUUCUUACAGGGAAACCUCAAAAAUGAGCACAUUCUUACCGGAGUUAGUCUCCGAUAUUCUCCUCCGCCUCCCGGUCAAGACUCUACUCCGAUUGAGAUGCGUUUCGAAAUCACUUUGCUAUGAAAUUGAUAGUCCAGAGUUUAUCAAAAAUAAUCUCAAUAAAUCAAUGCGAAACCGACUCCGUCAGAAGCUAAUCGUCAACAACCGAAAUUGCUCGCAUUUCUACGCCUUAGAUUUUGAUGGUGGCUUCAAAAAAGCCACCACACUGAAGUACCCCUUCAAAUCUUCAGUGGAUACCCCCAUUGCAAUAGGUGGUUCUUGCAAUGGUUUAAUUCUGUUUGUUUUGGGUAAAUCAUCUAAACUUCUUGCCUUAUGGAAUCCAUUCACAAGGCGAUAUAAGAAAAUACCUCCUUGCACCGUCGUAACCCUUCCUGAUUACGUAUGUACAUCCAGCUUAGGCCUUGGACAUGAUCCUGCUCAUGAUGACUACAAAAUUGUGAUGAUUUCAGCUUUUUGCGAGUACCGUCAUUAUUGGUAUCAAUCUUGGGUUUUUAGUUUGAAAAAGAAUUCUUGGAGAAGGAGUCCAGAUGCUCCGAGCACGAUGGAACGAUCCAAGUCUAGUUUUGCAAAUGGUGCUUUGUAUUGGCAAAGUAAUAGUGAUGAUAGAUGUAAUAUGGUUGGUUUUGACCUUACAAAUGAGGUUUAUUUUAAAAUACCGCUGCUUGUUGAUUCAGGGUUUCUGAUCAACACAACAGAAACCCGAACAUUAUCAUUCUGCUAUGAUAACAUGGUGGUUUUCGGAGGUGAAGUCUAUACUACCAAAGUAACUGCUGAGAGCAAAACACUUGAAUUUUAUUUGGCCGUGAGUGAUAAGGGUAGAAUAGGUAAAUGGAAGAAGACAUUUGAAAUGGAGGAUGAGGAGAUGGAGAGGGAUUUGAAUGGCGAGGAUGAUGAGCAUGAGUCGCGUCGCUUUAGUUUGCAUGACUGGCGUCGCCUUGAAUUGCCUUGUCCAUUGGCAUAUUCAAAGGAUGGAGAUAGCAUUCUGGCUUAUAAAAAGGAUGAGGUUUUUUGGUAUAACCCUGAAACUAAAACAAGGCAAAGGGUGGAGAUUCUUGGGAUUCCAAAGGCUAAGAGUCAUUGGUACAACUUACUAGAUAAUUGUUACGAGUUUCAUGUUUGUUGGGAAAGUCUUGUUUCUCUUGGCAAUGAGGGUGUAUUUGAUGCAGCACCUAAGAUGAGUAGUGUUGAGACAUUAAGGGAGAUUGCUGAAAAUCUUACUGGAAUGAGUUCGGUACGUCUUGCAUGUAUUUUUUUUUUAUCAUGUUUCGGUGUUUGGUAUUUCUGGCCUACUGCUGCAGCUUUCAUUCUUCCCGGGAUGAACUUGUUUCUCUUGGCAAUGAGGGUGUAUUUGAUGCAGCAUAAGAGAUGGCUAUUUUAUUGAGACAUUAAGGGAGAUUGCUACUGAAAAUCUUACUGGAAUGAAUUUUGUACGUCUUGCACCUGUUAUUUUCUUAUUAUAUUUUGAUUUUUGGUUUUUCUUGUCCACCGUUACGAAGUAUUGACUUCAUUAAAAUCAAGAGAUUUUCACAAUCAAGAGAAUCAAUAUUUGAUUCUUAA